CCAUUCCGCAAUUGAAAUCUAGUGUUUUGGGUUGCUACUCGACUCAUUUACCGCUGCCCGCGUCUCCAAUUCGGUUGUGUGCCAUUCUGUCUGCUCCGCGUCCGCGUCCAAGUCCGCAACCAAUCCUCGCAAGAAUGUCGAAGCCCAGCUACAAAGUCGCCGAUAUCAGUCUGGCGGAAUGGGGACGCAAGGCGAUCAUCAUCGCGGAGAACGAGAUGCCCGGCCUUAUGGCCUGCCGGAAGAAGUACGGCCCCUCCAAGAUCCUCAAGGGCGCCCGCAUCACCGGCUGCCUGCACAUGACCGUCCAGACGGCCGUCCUCAUCGAGACCCUCGUCGAACUGGGCGCUCAGGUCCAAUGGUCCAGCUGCAACAUCUUCAGCACCCAGGAUAACGCUGCGGCGGCCAUCGCUGCCACCGGAGUGCCCGUGUACGCCUGGAAGGGCGAGACGGACGAGGAGUACCUGUGGUGCAUCGAGCAGACCCUCGUCUUCCCCGACGGCCAGCCCCUGAACAUGAUCCUGGACGAUGGCGGCGACCUGACCAACCUGGUGCACGAGAAGUUCCCCGAGUACCUGAAGAACAUCAAGGGUCUCAGCGAGGAGACGACCACCGGCGUCCACAACCUGUACAAGAUGUUCAAGGACGGUCGCCUGGGCAUCCCCGCCAUCAAUGUCAACGAUUCGGUGACCAAGAGCAAGUUCGACAACCUGUACGGCUGCCGGGAGUCGCUGAUCGAUGGCAUCAAGCGGGCCACAGACGUGAUGAUCGCCGGCAAGGUGUGCUGCGUGGCCGGAUACGGCGAUGUGGGCAAGGGCUGCGCCCAGGCGCUGAAGGGAUUCGGUGGUCGCGUGAUCGUCACCGAGAUCGAUCCAAUCAACGCCCUGCAGGCGGCGAUGGAAGGCUAUGAGGUGACCACCAUGGAGGAGGCCAGCAAGGAGGCCUCGAUCUUCGUGACCACCACCGGCUGCCGGGACAUCAUCACCAGCCAGCACCUGCUCCAGAUGCCCGACGAUGCCAUCGUCUGCAACAUUGGCCACUUCGACAUCGAGAUCGACGUGGACUGGCUGAAUGCGAAUGCCAAGGAGAAGGUGAACGUGAAGCCGCAGGUGGACAGGUACACGAUGCAGAACGGCAAGCACAUCAUCCUGCUGGCCGAGGGUCGUCUGGUCAAUCUGGGCUGUGCCCACGGCCAUCCCAGCUUCGUGAUGUCCAACUCCUUCACCAACCAGGUGCUCGCCCAGAUCGAGCUGUGGACCAAGUCCGACCAGUACGCCGUCGGCGUGCACGUCCUGCCCAAGAUCCUCGACGAGGAGGUGGCCAGUCUGCACCUGGAGAAACUGGGCGUGAAGCUCACCAAGCUGUCGGACAAGCAGGCCAGCUACCUGGGCGUCCCGCAGACCGGUCCCUUCAAGCCCGACCACUACCGGUACUGAGCACCUAAACCGGCAACCGGUUCCCCAACCGAAUCUGAUUCGGGCUUCGGUGCCGGAGACGACGAACCCCCACUAGUUAUCUAUUGUUUGCGCAUUUCACUGUUCACCUAAGCUCCAAUAAAGACCCAUCUCACGUACUCUCAGCGAGAGAAACACCCAACACA